AUGUCUGACGGCAUUUCCUACGACGGUGCUCCUACCCCAGCCCCCGAGGAAGACUCCGGUUGGGCUGUGGCUACUCCUAUCCAGGUUGGUACGAUUUUCAUCGGUAUGCUUGGGGUCGUGGGUAACAUGGCAUGUGUCAUCGUGCUCCGUCGACAAUCGGUGAGAAACAACACUAAUCUAUUGAUUGUCAAUCAAGCCAUCAUCGACUGUAUUACAUCAGGUUUACUGGUAGCUGCUACCAUCUCUGAUCUCGGCGGAAUCCGCACUGCGAAGAAAUCUGGCGUGGCCGCAAAGAUCUACUGCAACCUCUGGAAUUCGUUAGUCUUGGUGUUUGGUGGAUUUGCGAUAUCAACCUUCAAUCUUGUGGCCUUGUCUGUCGAACGCUACCUUGCCGUCAUUCACCCGAUAUGGUACCUGCAGAACUUUAAAAAGCGCGCCGUCCGGAUCCUAGUGGUUUGCACCUGGGUUUUUGGACCCAUAUUCCAAAUCCUUCUGGUUGCUCUGCAUUAUGAUACUACGGAAGAAGGUACCUGCCUCUACACUCCACGCUACACUGGCAUUCUCGUAAUGCUUUUCUUUUGGGACUAUUUCAUCCCAGCGUGCAUCAUGACAUUUUCCUUUGCUGCCAUAAUGCUUAAAUUCAAGAAGCUGAACAAAGUCGCCGAUGGGCGUGGCGCCGGCGAAUUCAAGAAGAAAACGAUUUUCCCGAUACCCUCGACUUCGGCCCAGCCAGCACCCUCCGAGCAAAGUCCGCCAUCGGAACAACCAACCGAAAACAGUGCUGUAGAAGCGAAUGGCAACGUUACCAAGGUAGACGACCUUCCUCCUGUCGAGGAAGCGGAAAAGCAACCGAGUAAUCACCUAGAAGUUCCGACAGUAGUCGACACUACAAAGUCUUCGACUCCUGGGGAAGAGAAGAAACCCGAUGCCAGCACCGCUACAAAAUCAUCCUCUGGACAGGGAAACACCGCUGGAGGUACUGCUCGUUCGGACAAGGACGCUGCAGGUGCGCUUCAAAGACGUAACACGACAAAAGUUCUCCUGGCCAUGUACAUCGUUUACCUGGUUUGUUGGUCUCCUAACCAGUGGACUUUCCUGCAGUACAACCUUGGCGGAUACGUUGAUUUCAGCUCUGCAUGGUAUCGCUUCUUGGUCAUCAUGGGGAACCUCAACACAUGCGUGAAUCCCUUUCUCUUUGCGCUCCGUCUGAAGGUGUACCGCAACGAGGCCAGGGCUAUGGUGAGAAACUUCCUGGCACGCUUCUCCCGUGACUGA